AUGGUCCGAUUCCUCUCAUCGCUCCUUUUUGGAGCCCAGUUCUUAUCCACCGUGACAUCGCAUUCCAUCCUCAACAUGCUCCCACGCGAAGGACAAUAUCCUUACCCUAUAGUUGGAACCGAUGAACCAGCAGACUACGCAACCACGGGCAUCUUUCUGAACCACAUGGCCAUCAACACGCGAAAUCUCACUGCAAGCUUAGAUUUCUAUUCGAAAGUCUUCGGUUUCCGCAAAGUGUUUACGCUGCAGAUUACCAAGGCAUUCUCAAUCACGUACCUCGCCCAUGCUCAUGGUGGGAAGAAUGGGACAGGCUACCAAACCGCGCUGGAAAUGAAUCGCGAGAAGAACAAUGCGGAAGGUCUUCUUGAGAUUUGCUAUCUUGAUGUUCCUGUCAAGAAUAUUGAGUCCGGGGCUCAGCAUCCCAACACAUUUGGUCACAUCGGUAUUGUCGUGCCUGACAUCCAAGCAUUCCAGGAACGAUUGGACACUAUGCCGGAUGUUUCUGUUCCCAAGAGGUUUGGACAGCCGUUCAUUGAACUUGAUACGAAGACUGUGGUUGGUCCUGCUGUUGGACUAUUGCCUGAUCUUGUUGAACAACUUGAAGAGGAUGAGAGGCAGGCUAUUGUUCAGAACUUCGGACAGAGUGUUUUGCCUCUUAUCUUUAUUAGUGAUCCUGAUGGCAAUUUUAUCGAGGUUCAGCCCCAGGAAAGUCCUUCGUUGGUUGGGUAG